AUGACUGAGGAAACUCAUAACGCGCCCGUUGAACCAAACGCAGUUGAAGGACCACUAGAUUUGGUUCGUCUAUCGCUUGAUGAACGAAUAUAUGUGAAAUUACGUGGUGAUCGCGAAUUACAUGGAAAACUUCAUGUAUUAUUACUUUUUCCGGCAUAUGAUGGUCAUUUGAAUAUGGUUUUAGGAGACGUCGAAGAAACUAUUACAGUCGUAGAAAUCAACGAAGAAACUUAUGAGGAAGUGAUUCGUAAUAUUACAGUAUUAGAAAGCCAAUGGAAUUUUACAUCAGAAAAAAAUACUUCAAACGAAGAAAGAAGAUAA